UUAAUGGAUUGGAUUACUCAACAAACUCCCGAUGGUGAUAUUUUUUAUUAUAAUACAAAGACAGGUGAAUCAUCUUGGGAAUUACCAAUCGAUGAUAAUGAAUCUUAUUCAACAACAAUUACAACGAUUGGUAAUAGUGAUUCAAAACCAUUACCAAACAAUUGGGUACAACAGCUAACAGUAGAUGGAAGUUGUUACUAUUAUAAUGUCAUAACUAAGGAGAUUAAAAUGACUCAUCCUGGAAAUGGUACUAUGAAUGCUACUUCUAGUAAUUCCGAAACUAGUGAGUACAAGGAUGAUGAUGAAAUUGAAUUACAAGAAAAUGAUUUAGAAACUGUCAAAACUGAGGAUAAAGCGAAUGGUAUUAAUUCUAAAGAAGGGCAACUAAUUAAUGACACUAUUCAGCAAAUCUCUCAGCAAAGAAGAUCAAUUGAAAAUACAACCUGGAAUUUUGAUGAUAUCAAUGCUGAUGGUCAAUUAAUGAAAGUUGGAGAUGAAAUUUUAUCUAACGGAGGUGAAUUAGGCGAUGAAGAUCUGCAUGAAACAUUAUCCCAAACUCCUACAUUAGCUAUGUACUCUCAACCAAGAAAUUUUUCGGAAUAUUCAAUGUCCCAAAAUGCUAAUGAACAAGUUACUUGGGAUUCUUUGUUACAGAGUAUUAUCGUAGCUAUUGACAAUCUUAACUUAGCCGUUUUAGAGAAUUUGAAACAAAAUUACACGAGUCAUACCAAUGCUAUCGUUGAAAGUGUAAGGAUUAUGCUUUAUGCAUCUGGAACUAUUGAAAAAGAUUCACCUGCAAUUAUGCAAAAUAAGAAUUUAAAGGUUUAUCAUAGGCAUAUAAUGGCUUCACUUUCAAAAUUAGUUCUUACAACAAAAGCAGCUUCAGAUGUAUGGCCUCCACCAGAUUCCGCUCAAAAAUUGAAAAACGAUGCUUAUGAAGUUUUAGUUGCGGUUCGACAAUUUGUUCAAGCUUCUGAACCUAUUGUAGAUAUUAGAAGAGUUGAUCCAAAAAUAUUGGAAAGCACUUCAGGUGGUUCAUGGCGUAGUAAUAACAACAAUAGCAUUCCAAACUCUCCUACACAUUUGUCUAGUCAAUCACGUUCUUUAUCGACUGAUCUUAUUGCUUCAUUGGAUCAAACUUCUCGCACUAUAACCCAAACUAUUGUAUCACUUCUUAAUCAUGUUAAUAAAAUAAUUGAUACUCCUCAAUCCAGUUCAAAUAUCUCUUUUGCAUCCCAACUAAUUUCACAAACUAAACAAGUCGUCACUCAAGUUGGACAAUUUUUAUCUCAUAUCGAAGAUAUAGAUUUGGAUGAUUUGAAUGAAUCUAGUUUAGAUACAAUUCACGAAUUUAAAAUAUCCAAACAAUCGACAUAUAACAGCAUAGCUGGAUUAGUUAUUUGUAUUCAAUCAGCAACUGACCCGUUAGCUUCACUUAAUGUUAUGGACCAAGUUUUAAUGGCUACAAAUAAGGUAGAUAAAGCCGUAGCGGAUGUUAUUAUUGCUACAAAAUUUCUUGUUGAAGAAAAGGAAGCUCAAGAACAAAUUGACAUUCAAGCUAUGCGUCCAAGACGACCUAGCACUGUCGAAGUUCCACCAACAAAGAGACGUAUUACCUCAAAUUCUAAUUCUCUUGAUCACAUUGUUGAAAAUGACUUGACAACAACAGAUCAAUCUAUGACUCCUAAUGCAGCUCAAACAGCCUCUUCAACAGCGGGCUUACAAACCGUUCCUGAAGACGAUAUUAUAACAAAUGAUGGUGAUUCAACAAUAGUUGAUUUAGCUUCUGACGAUCAUGAUGUACCAAUGUCACCCAUUUCAGCUAGUGAAGGCUGCCGUCAACGUUCUGAUAGUUCAGUUAGUUCCUCAACUUAUAAUAAUGAUGUAUCAUUUAAAACUCAUUCUCGUUCAAACUCUCAGUUUGCUUCUACAUCAACUGAUUAUCCAUAUUCUUCAUCUCCUCCACUAACGAUAGAAAGUUUGAAUGGAACUAUAUCUCCACGUAGUGAAAAUAAAGUUAAAAAAUUCUUUGGCGAAAUAGUCCCUCAUCCACAUAAACAAAAAGAAGAUAAACCUUGGUUCCUUAAUUAUGAUUUUGAUCAAUCAGAAAUGAUAUUUAAUAUGGAAGGUUAUGUCAAAGGAGGAACUCUUAAUGCUCUUGUAGAAAGAUUAACCAUGCAUGAUAUAUUAGAUUCAAAUUUUAUUGCUACAUUUUUAUUGACAUAUAGAUCUUUUUGUACAACAGAUGAAUUCUUUGAUAAGUUGGUUAAAAGGUUUAUGAUUAAAUCACCUGAUAAUUUGACUCCUUAUGAAUUAGAAAUUUGGCAAGAAAAGAAGCAAACGCCUAUUAGAAUAAGAGUUUUUAAUAUCAUGAAAACUUGGUUAGAAUACUAUUAUAUAGAUGGUGAGGAUUACCAUUGCUUAGAAAGAAUGAGCGAGUUUGCAAAAACAACGAUGAACGAAAAAAUGUCAUUUGCUGCGAAGGGCUUAAUGAAAUUAAUUGAGAAACGAAAAUGUAAAGAUGCUAAAUUUAAGGAGUUGGUAAUAACAAAUUCCGACAGGCCACCGGCAUCAAUUUUACCCAAGAACAUCAAGAAACUCAAAUUCUCGGAAUUAGAUCCUUUGGAAAUUGCUAGACAACUAACUAUAAUAGAAAGUAAAUUGUAUAACAAAAUUUUACCUGUUGAGUGCCUAAAUAAGGCUUGGAGUAAGGACGAAGGUGAUGACGCAGCAGUAAACAUUAAGGCCAUGAUUGUGAACAGUAAUCAAAUAACGGGAUGGGUAGCCGAAUCAGUUUUAAAUCAAUCAGAGAUUAAAAAAAGAUGUUUAUGUAUUAAACAGUUUGUAGCUGUAGCUGAUAAGUGUAAAACUUUGAAUAAUUUCAAUUCGCUUACAGCUAUUAUUUCUGGAUUAAAUUCUGCGCCAAUUCAUCGUCUGAAGCGCACUUGGGAAUUGGUAAAUGCAAAAACUAUACAGACACUCGACAGUCUUAAUAAGAUUAUGAAUUCUACAAAAAAUUUUGCCGAAUAUCGAGAGUUACUACAUAGCGCAAAUCCACCGUGUGUACCAUUUUUAGGUGUAUAUUUGACUGAUCUUACAUUCAUCGAAGAUGGUAAUCCCAACAAUCUUAAAAAAUCUCGAUUGAUUAAUUUCUCAAAACGCAUGAAGACAGCAGAAGUGAUACGUGAAAUUCAACAGUAUCAAUCUGCACCUUAUAAUCUUAAUCCAGUACAAGAAAUACAAACCUUUAUACAGUGUCAUUUGCAGGAUAGUCGAGAUGUUGCAGAUUUGUAUGAACUAAGCCUUAGCAUGGAGCCAAGGUAA